UCAACUCAAGGCGCUUUGUUGUUUUUUCGGGACGGGGAGACGGAGAAAAAUAUUUUUAAUAAAAUUGUGAACGGUCCGGGUUAAGCGAAGAUAACGUUUCGCUUGGUUCAAUAUAUCCAAAAGCCGGCCAAGUGUGGAGUUAAACCGAUGUCGUCUGGUGAAAAAUUGCGCAUUUGUCGGAUUAAAGGAGCUCAGCCGUGAGCUAGCCUCUCCGGGAGGGUGUCCAGAUUGGAGCGGAAGGUAUUCAGGCACUGGGAAGACGGGGAGAAACCUACUGGGAUGCCUCACGCAAGUUGGAAAAAAAAUGUAUUUUACAGUUCUGCCUGGAAUCGCGGCACUGUAAACCUGAAGUAUGUGUUCGUUUGACUGAAUUCAAAUUGCAGGAACAAUUUGAUCGUGGUGUUCUAACCAUUAACGUGUCGGUUUAGCGAGUUAGCCACGUAGCUACGUAGCCUUCAGUGGGAAGACUUUUAAAAUGGCGGAGGGCUGGCCCAUUCCUUCGGCCCUUGUCUUCACGCUGUUCGUUGUGAGUGCCUGGGCUUUAGAGUUUUGUCCUGCUCCUUGCUCUUGUUCAAAAGGACAAAGUGAGGUACGUAUUCUGGACUGCAACAGGAAAAGGCUGUCGUCGCCUCCCCUGGAACCACCAGAUGGGAUAACCCAAGUCACCAUGAAUCACAAUGAGCUGACUGUUCUUCCCUUUCUUGGAGAUGUUUCCUCGAACAUCACUUCACUGUCACUAGUCCACAAUCGAAUCUCAGAACUGCUGAUACAUCAGCUGCAGCCAUACAUUUCCUUGGAGACACUGGACCUGACAUCCAACUCCAUCUCUGAGCUCAAAGUUGGAUCCUUCCCCAACAUGCAGCUGAAGUAUCUGAAUUUGAGUAAUAACAAGAUCAGCGUCCUCGAGCCUGGCUGCUUCGAAAACAUCUCCAGCUCCCUGCUGGUGCUGAAGCUGAACAGGAACAGAUUAGCUGUGCUACCAUCCAAAGUCUUCAAACUUCCUCAGCUUCAGUUCCUUGAAAUGAAGCGAAACAAAAUCAAGAUAGUGGACAGCCUAACAUUCAAAGGGAUGGACUCACUGAAGUCACUGAAGAUGCAGAGGAACAGCAUCACUAAGCUCAUGGAUGGAGCCUUUUUUGGACUUAACAACAUUGAAGAACUAGAGCUGGAGCACAACAACCUAACUGAGGUAAACAAAGGUUGGCUGUAUGGCCUGCGCAUGCUGCGCAUCCUGCGGGUCAGCCAGAAUGCUGUCGGCAUCAUCCGACCAGACGCUUGGGAAUUUUGCCAAAAGUUGGAGGAACUAGACUUGUCCUUCAAUCAUUUGACUAGGCUUGAGGAGACAGCUUUUGUUGGAUUAGGUUUCCUUCAGAGCCUGAACCUGGGAGAGAACUCCAUCAGCCAUUUGGGAGAGGGAGUGUUCAGUGGCCUGGCAAGUCUGCGCACCCUAGAUAUCCGCAACAAUGAAAUCUCUUGGGCCAUUGAAGACUCCAUUGGUGUAUUUGAUGGAAUGAAGAAGCUGAACACACUAAUCCUACAGCAGAACAAAAUCAAAUCAAUCACUAAGAAAGCAUUUGAGGGCCUGGAGGAGCUGGAGCACCUGGACCUCAGCAAGAAUGGCAUCAUGUCGAUACACCCUGGGGCAUUGUCCCAUAUGAAGCUCAAAGUGUUCAUCCUGAACACAAGCAGUUUGCUGUGUGACUGCCACAUGCAGUGGUUGGGGCCUUGGCUGACUGACAGUCAGUUCCAGCAGUCUGUCUCUGCUGUCUGUGCUCAUCCUGCGAGUCUACUUGGCCGCAACGUUCUGUCCAUCAGCCCAGAAGAGUUUGUUUGUGAUGAUUUCCCCAAGCCUCUGAUCACAACUCACCCAGAGACGUCUGUGGCACUACGGGGGAACAAUGUGACUCUGAGCUGCAUUGCCUCCAGCAGCAGUGAUUCGCCAAUGACCACAGCUUGGCGGAAGGACGGAGAGGUGCUGUAUGAUGCAGAGGUGCAAAACUACGCCCGGUACCAGGAGGGAGAGCUGAUCUAUACCACUAUGCUCCACCUACUCAAUGUUAACUUUACUGAUGAGGGGCGGUACCAGUGUGUGGUCUCCAAUCACUUUGGCUCCAACUACUCCAACAGGGCCAAGCUUACCGUCAAUGAGCUGCCAUCCUUUCUUAAGACUCCCAUGGACCUAACAAUCCGGACUGGUACUAUGGCCAGGCUGGAGUGUGCUGCUGAAGGCCAUCCAUCACCCCAGAUUGCUUGGCAGAAGGACGGAGGCACAGACUUUCCUGCUGCCCGAGAGCGAAGGAUGCACGUGAUGCCGGAUGAUGACAUCUUCUUCAUUGCUAACGUGAAAACAGAAGACAUGGGAGUGUACAGCUGCACGGCUCAAAAUGCAGCUGGUAGCCUGUCGGCAAACGCUACUCUCACCGUCCUUGAAACACCAUCCUUCAUGCGUCCUCUGGAAGACAGAACAGUGGCCCGUGGUGAAACUGCUGUGCUUCAGUGUAUAGCUGGAGGCAGCCCCGCCCCCCGUCUCAACUGGACCAAAGAUGACGGACCUCUGGUCCUCACAGAGCGCCACUUCUUUGCUGCUGCCAACCAGCUCCUUAUUAUAGUAGAUGCUGGUCCUGCUGAUGCUGGGAAAUACACCUGCAUAAUGUCUAAUACUCUGGGCACAGAGCGUGGCCACAUCUACCUCAGCGUCUCACCAUCACCAAACUGCGAUACAGGUGCAGGGUACGACCAGGAUGGCUGGACCACUGUGGGCAUUGUGGUGAUUGUGGUGGUGUGCUGUGUGGUGGGAACCUCGCUGGUCUGGGUCAUAGUUAUCUAUCACAUGCGCAGAAAGAGCGAGGACUACAGUAUCACAAACACAGAUGAGAUGAAUUUGCCAGCAGACAUCCCCAGCUACCUGUCCUCGCAGGGUACUUUGUCAGAGCCUCAGGAAGGCUACAGUAACUCUGAGGCUGGCAGCCACCAGCAGCUCAUGCCUCCUCUCUCCAAUGGAUAUAUCCAUAAGGGGACAGAUGGUGUGUGUUAUGGAGACACGAGCAGUGAGGUGGAAACUGAGGGGAAUGGCAUGCUGCACUGCAGGGUUGGCUCUCUAUUCACUGGCCGUAGCAGCUUCCACCCUGGGGAGCCCCGGGAGGUCCUAGCUGGAGUCCCCAUAGGUGGUGCGGGUCCGCUGGUCAUCUGCUCCGACUGCUACGACAAUGCCAACAUCUACUCUCGCACACGGGAGUACUGCCCUUACGCCUAUCUGGGGGAGGACGAUCCGCUGGACAAAACGCUACCCAGCCUGAAGGAGAGCUUCAAUGAGCACGCCCAGCAUGAGGACGCAGCACUGGAGAGCCUCAUUAGCAACCACAACUCCUCCAUCUUCCUCACCUCACAUGACAAAAGGUUGAGCAGCCACACUCCCCCGGAGCACUACACUAAUGACUCCCUUAGCAGGUCAUUCUGGGGAGAAGGGGAAGAUCUGUCCUCGAAACCCCAACCAGACGCGUCCCAGCACCCAGUGAUUGUUCACAGGACAACACCUCUGACUUCCACUGCAGAAAGGGCAGAGGAACCGAAUGAAGCAGAGGCGGACUACUUCCCCAGCCAAUGCACACAGGACCACAAAAGUGCCUCUAAUAGGACUAACCCUCAGGAGCAUCCUGCUCCCACAUAGGUCCUUACAAUCCACCCACGUUCUGCCUCUGACUCCUCGUUGCUGCACCCCUUCACCCACUACCUCCAAAGAGACUCCUCACAUUCUGCCAAAGAAGCUCUCUUGUAUGUUUACAUUCCACUUUCACUCAAGAGGACAUGCUAACUUUCUCCACUGUGGAAAGACCGCUGUGUCAGGGUGGAGAAAUGGACUGGUGACUAAAGUGAUCUUCUCCUUGACACCUCCACCUCUGCAGGACUCCCCACUCCCACAUCCUCCACCACUCUUCUUUUUUCUCUCUAUAGAGAAAGCUAUGAAUGUAUGCUUUAAAGAGCCAUGUUGGAUGGGAUCAUCCCUGCUGCUGUGGGGCUGAAAAUGCAUGCCAGUGCACUACACACUGGCAGUUCGUUUCAUCAUUCCUGGUACAGACACCUGUUGGUACUGCCUACGAGACUUCAGUAGAUAUUACAAACCCUCUCUUCCCAACUGGGGAAUAAGGAGUUUUAAAUGGGGGACAAUUGAAGUUCCCUCACCAGCAGAUUGUGGUGGUUAACAUAGGUAAGAGACUUAAAAGCAUAUGUCCCACAUUCCCACAGCUAUUCUGAGUGACUCUAAACUAUGCUAUCUAGUAUCCUGUUAUGCAAAUUCCAGAGACAGUGACACCAAGAUGUGGUGUAUAUUAUGAAUAUAUAUAUAUGAAUAUAUCCUAUAUCAUCUUUAUCCGAUCUUGUUUUUGUCCUAUGUCAAACACAAUUGUUAAUUCCUUCACUUAAUAUCUUCGUAAUGAAAAGCAGUUUGGGGAGAAAGCGUACAAUUUUUUUGCACAUGUGACAAUCAUAGUUUUGCUGGGUAUUUUCUGAUGGUUGUCCACAGGAUGGCCUUGUUAACAAGCAUUCUCAGUAACCUCAAUCAGGUGACAUGGUUUAUAUAUAUAUAUAUAUAUAUAUAUCUAUAUAUAUAUGUAUAUACAGUAUGCGCUGAUUUGUUUUCCCUUCUUAUCAUGUCUUACAGGCACUUAAUUUAAUGGUGGUAAACUUAAUUAUGCAGUGUGCAUGCCGUUUUACCUUGUUACGAUUUAUCAUCACAGUUUUUGUUUUUUUUUCUCAAAAAGUUCAUGAUCCUUCCAUAGAAAUUGAUAAAGUCUAGGUUUUCAUUUGGGACUGUGAAAAUUGAGAAUGUAUUGUAUUAUUUUAUAUAUGUAUGUAUGUAUGUAUGUGUACAUAAGGCUAGUUAUCUAUUAAAUUCCAUGUCCUACUAGUUCAUUUGCAGAGAAGUUUGAGAUGUAAGCUGCAGUAACUUUAAAACAUUAAGAUAAUUAUUUUUAAACCUUCAUCGUCCCAGCGUAAUCCAGACAUGUUGGUUCAGGUAAAAAGAUGACCCAUUUUUCUUAGAAAUGGGUGUACUUUUUUCAAACGUCAGCUAUUAUGUUGCUUUGAGGAUUUGAGAAUGAAAUUGCCUCUAUUGUGUAAGAAUGUGGACUUGUUUCAUCAGGUUUGAUCUCUUGUUGUCCUUGAAAAUCCUCUCGAUUUUUUGCACUUCACAGAAGCUCAGAUGUGAUUGGCUUUGGCUUUGACUCUCACAAACUUAUUUGCUCAAUAUAUUUAGCAAAUUACACUCAGUUGGCAGUUUAUUACCUGCACCAUCUAGAAGUAAGGCAAUCUAAUUUAACAGCCCCGCAAUAUAUCCUGCCUCCAUGAAGGUUAUAAUAAUCAGCUUUCGUUGAGACUCUUUUAGAGAGACGUUGAUUCAACUGCAUGGUCAUUUUGGAGGAUUUAAUUUGUGGUGCUGUUGAAUUGAAUUGUGUUACCAUGACAGGUUUUCCUAUUAUUUUGCCCACCCCAUUUAGAUCAAUGAGAGUAGGCUAAAUAGCAGAAACACGUCUAUAUCAUACUCAUUCUUCAUCGCCAUGAGGUCUGAUGACUGAUUGCCUCUUUUCUUUUUGACCAAGGAAGGAUUUGCCAUGUUCCUUUACUCCUUCUUUUGUAUCGGUACAUUGGGUGUUCGAGGGUACUGAAUUCAGACACUAAAAAAUCAGUCAUGCUGAAAAGUUCAUUGACGGUGCAAAUGUGUGAUCGUGCUUGAAUACUAUGUUUUCCGUUUCACAUGUUUCAAAGUGUGACCUGGCCAAACGAGUUAUUGUUAGCUUUGGUCAGUAAUUCCUCAAAACUCACUACAAGCAUGUGUGAAGCAGCACAUGGUAUCGUUACACCUCCGCCUCCUCGGUGGUGCGUGCAGAUGUGAAUGGCAUGUCAUUCUUUGCACUCUUUUUUGAUUCUAACUUGUUUUCAUACUUUGUCAGUCAUGUUUGCCUUUUAAUUACCAAAUCAGCACAGCCCAGCCCAAAUCAGCAGACCGCAGGCCUAAUCCUCAUUGGUAUUAGCUACAAGAUAAUUACCUUUAAUAAGAAUUGAAAAAAAGCUUAAUAAUUUGCUAAAGCAAUUUGGCUGUCCUGAGUUCAUCUGUAUUUUCACACAGUCAUUUCUCCAGUGGAAGCAGAUUUUUGUUGUGUCUUGAUGUUUUCUGACUGGUGCCCAAGGUCAAUUUCAUGCCCCUUUCUAGUGGUAGAGAAAUUAAAAUGAAAACUAGCAGUGAUAAGUCGUCCUAAUGGAGUUAUUUGUCAGGGGGGGGGCAUACAUUGAUUCAAUGUUCAAUAUUUUCUGCCAACACAGUGUAACAUAAUGUGCAUUUGUAUUGUUUUAUUCUCUGAACAUCCUUUAUGACUUUAUACCAAAGUUUAGCAGUAACUGCUCUGGCAAUAUCCAAUGCUGCUUUUUUUUUUUUUUUUUUU